AUUAACAAGCGAAUUGAAGGUAGCAACGAAGAAGGAACUUUUGACUGUCACUUCUUCUUCUUCAUAUUUGCAAGGAUGGAAAGUAUCGGUGUCGUGAUGAUGUACCCCUUUUCGUCAUACUUGGAAGAAGAGCUCGACAAGCGAUUCAAGCUCUUCAGAUGCUGGCAAUCCUCCAACCAGAAGGAAUUUCUGAAAGAAAAUUCGAAUUCUAUUAGAGCUCUUGUUGGUAACGCUACGGUCGGUGCUGACGCGGAGACCAUUGAUAUCUUGCCCAAAUUGGAAAUCGUCUCGAACUACAGCGUUGGCUUGGAUAAAGUCGAUUUGGUCAAGUGCAAGGAGAAGGGUAUUAGGGUUACUAACACUCCUGAUGUGCUCACUGACGACGUUGCUGAUUUAGCUAUUGGAUUGAUUAUAGGGACUUUGAGAAAGAUUAGCGAGUCUGAUCGUUAUGUGAGGAGUGGGUUAUGGGUCAAAGGGGAUUACAGAUUAACUACGAAGUUCAGUGGCAAAUCAGUUGGCAUUUUGGGGCUGGGCAGGAUUGGUACUGCAAUUGCAAAAAGAGCUGAGGCAUUUAGCUGCCCGAUCAGUUACUACUCCAGAUCAGAGAAGCCAAAUACCAAUUACAAGUACUAUCCGAGUGUUUUAGAACUUGCGAAGAACUGUCAAAUACUUGUAAUUGCAUGCCCUUUGACAAAAGAAACAUACCACAUUGUCAACCGUGAAGUGAUUGAAGCUGUGGGUCCAAAGGGCAUUAUUGUGAACAUUGGGCGUGGCCCUCACAUCAAUGAACCAGAGCUUGUGUCAGCACUGAUCGAAGGCCGGCUGGGUGGGGCUGGGCUUGAUGUAUUUGAAAAUGAGCCUAAUGUACCAGAGCAAUUGUUUGGGCUGGACAAUGUGGUACUCUUGCCUCACGUGGGAAGUGGAACAUUGGAAACCCGCAAGGAUAUGGCAGAUCUUGUGAUCGGAAACUUGGAAGCUUACUUUCUGAACAAACCACUGUUAACUCCGGGGGUUAGAUCUGAGAAUGUUCCCUACCAGUUUACUCUAUCCAAUCUAUCAGCGAAGAGAAGUGAAGGAAGCAACGAAGAAGGAACUUUUGGCUGUCACUUCUUCUUCUUCUUCUCCUUCUUCUCCUUCAUAUUUGCAAGGAUGGAAAGUAUCGGUGUUGCGUUGAUGUACCCCUUUUCGUCAUACUUGGAAGAAGAGCUCGACAAGCGAUUCAAGCUCUUCAGAUGCUGGAAAUCCCCCAACCAGAAGCAAUUUCUGAAAGAGAAUUCGAAUUCUAUUAGAGCUCUUGUUGGUAACGCUUCGGUCGGUGCCGACGCGGAGACCAUUAAUAUCUUGCCGAAAUUGAAGAUCGUCUCGAAUCACGGCGUUGGCUUGGAUAAAGUCGAUUUGGUCAAGUGCAAGGAGAAGGGUAUUAGGGUUACCAACACUCCUGAUGUGCUCACCGACGACGUCGCUGAUUUAGCGAUUGGAUUGAUUAUAGGGACGUUGAGGAAGAUUUGCGAGUCUGAUCAUUAUGUGAGGAGUGGGUUAUGGGUCAAAGGGGAUUACAAAUUAACUACGAAGUUCAGUGGCAAAUCAGUUGGAAUUUUGGGGCUGGGUAGGAUUGGUUCUGCAAUUGCAAAAAGAGCUGAGGCAUUUGACUGCCCGAUCAGUUACUACUCCAGAUCAGAGAAGCCUAAUACCAAUUACAAGUACCAUCCAAGUGUUUUGGAACUGGCAAAGAACUGUCAAAUACUUGUAAUUGCAUGCCCUUUGACAAAAGAAACAUACCAUAUUGUCAACCGUGAAGUGAUUGAAGCUGUGGGUCCAAAGGGCAUUAUUGUGAACAUUGGGCGUGGCCCUCACAUCGAUGAACCAGAGCUUGUGUCAGCACUGAUCGAAGGCCGGCUGGGUGGGGCUGGGCUUGAUGUAUUUGAAAAUGAGCCUCAUGUACCAGAGCAAUUGUUUGGGCUUGACAAUGUGGUACUCUUGCCUCACGUGGGAACUCAAACAUUUGAAACCCGCAAAGAUAUGGCAGAUAUUGUGAUCAGAAACUUGGAAGCUUACUUUCUGAACAGACCACUGUUAACUCCGGUGGUUUGAUUGUGAUCAGGAAGUAUGUAUAUAAUUGCUUGUA